UUGGAUCGUAUGAAUUGCAGAGUUACUUGCUAAAUAUGAAUCCAAAAAUAUAUAUCAGUUUAUUUGUCGUAAUGAGUGUGUUGCUGAGUAAAGCAGUUGGAUUUUGUAAUCCGAGGUACCAUUACCAGUGUGGUGAUGGUAGUUGUAUUUCGGAUUAUCUACGAUGUAAUGGAUCUCCUCAAUGCUCCGAUAAUUCUGAUGAAACUGACUGUGGUCAAAUCUGUUACCACUGUACCUAUACGUAUGACGCUGAAUACCCAGACUACUUUGGAUGUAAUGCUGGCAAAUACCCGAACCAUUGCUACAAAGAUGAAAUCUGUUCUACUAAAUACACACAGUCAUCUGAUAGAACUACUAUCUCACUCGGAUGCAUGAAUAAAUUGGAUUGCGAGACAGAAAAUGCGUUGAAUGGCCAAAGUUGCAACGAAGACGAACCUGAUGCUAGUGAGACAAGCUGUACAUUUUGCUGCGAUGACGUGUAUUGCAACAUGCAAUGA